CUAAAAUGUCAGCCAGACACAUAGUUAUUGACUUUCAGUCUUACCUACAGCUUGGCCCAGGAGAAGAAGGAAAGAUUAUGAAAGGGGUUGAAGGGAUUGAGGAAAUUUGGAGUAAGGGUGAAGAGAAAGGAGUGAUUGUGAGCCUUUAUUUCCCAGUAUUGUGCAAAGAAAUUGAAAAAUUCCAGAUACUAUUGACCAAGAAAAACAAGUCUAAAGAAAAUACAGAGAACAAUCAAGAAUCCAAAGCUAAUAUUGUAGUCGGUCCCCAAUGAUUAUUCUUUGAAUUAGGAUUCCAUUCUUCUGCUGGGCAUGAAACCGUAGUCUACUCAAACAAUCCAAACUUCUUUCAUAGGCGAUUCGUUGACAUGCUCAAACAGGAAUAUGGGAGCAAUAAGAAUAUUCCUAUUAAGCACAGAAGGAUGGAAAGGCUAGAUGAAGAUUUAAAACUAAUGAGACUUGUUUCAAAAUUGGCAAAUAUUGAAGAAUCAAAGAUUGAUCCAAGAUUAAUAAAACACAAUAAAGAGAUAACUUAUCAAAUCAACGUAAAAGAAGAAAACAAAGAUAUUGAAACAGGCAUCUCAGAAUCUCAAACAAUGGCUGGUCUAUCAACUACAUCAGGAUCAACUGCAUACUCUGAAAUAGAUAAAGAAAUGGAGGAGCUUGAAAGGAAAUUCGACCUUGACAAGGACUAUAAAAAAUCACUUGCUGUGCUAUUAGAGAAAAUUCCUAAAUACUUUAACAAGACAGAUGAUAAUAAUGUUAUCAAAUUCAUGAAUGGGCUUGGAAAUCUAACCACCCAGCAUCUCAAUAAAUUUGAAAAAUUAUUGAAAAGCCGUCUUAGUCAGAUUGAAAGAACAAACUAUUUCCUUUCUGUGAGAAAUUUUCUUUGUGAGAACGAAAUCAUAAAAUGUGAGGUUCUGAAUCUAUGGGUACACACACAUCAUGGAGACACAGAAGAGAAGAUGAAAGACUCCUACACUGUGAAAAUAGACUUUGACAAAAUUGAUACUGUCUUGGCUGAACUCAAAGAAAAUGAACCAAAGCUUUCUCUCAAGGGUCACAAGUUGAUAGAUAAUAAUUUUAACAUCUACGGGGAAAUAUGCUACGCAGCUGUUAUAAAUUUGACAAAAAAUAAUCUUAUGAGCUCUGAUAAACCAAUCAGUUCAGUUAAAAGUCUGACUCAAAACAUCCAUCAUGUUUUGAAAGACAUUUAUAACUCCAAGGCAGUGACCAAAGAUCAGAAGUACGUUAUAAAGAAGGAUAAGAAGAUUAAGUACAUGAUCGCUGAAAUAUUAAAAUAUAACAAAAUCUGGGAAGAACAGAAGGAUGGAUCUAUAAUAAUUAACAAAGAAAAGUGUGAAGUCCUACUUAAUGAGUUGGAGACUUGGCCUUCUCAAAAUAUGAUAGAUAGGUUGAUUGGAGACAUUGAGGAAAUUAUUUCAGAGGAGCACGACUCUUAA